AAUUUUCAAUAUACAUAUUUUUCACAGUUUAAAUUUUCAGUGUUAAAAAAUUCAGCAUAUAAAAAAUUUCAACUUUUCAAAAUUCGAAUGCAAUAUUUUCAGUGUCCUCCAAUUCAACUUGCUCAAAUUCGCUGUCUCAAAUUCAACGUCUAAAAAUUCGCUGUAAAAAUGGCGAGGUUACUUCAGGUCACAGACAUUAGCAAUGGAUGUCAGAUUCCAGGACCCAGCUAAUCACGUGACACAACCGUCAUCUUGAAGAAAUACCAGCGUCACCGAGGCUGGCGACCAUGGAGGCGAACGCAAACCCAACGGUGAGUUUAAUGCUUUCAUAUUUCUGUAGUAUAUUUUAUUUUGCGCAUGAAGUUUGAUACAUUACCUUAAAUCUUGAUUUAAAACACGGUUUGGGCCGUUGUUAAUCUUACACCAUGUAGUGCUGGCAUAUUACUUCUCGCUACCUACUAGCCCCCCCAGCCCCUCCCCGCUGCCCCACACCCAAUUUACCCCGUUUUAUUUCAAAAAGAAAUACCACUUGCGCCAAGUCUAGAAUCUUGAAAGAGAACUGAUGGGUGGCGACUUUCUGGGUUGUUUGAUGUUGUCUUAGGUGAGACUGAGACAGGCAGUCUUAGUAAAGUGUAAUUUUUCAGGAGAUGCUACCGCUAAUGUACUAAGCUAAUAUGGCUGCUGCCUUGUAUGCUUCAAGGAGGGGCUGUGAUAACUACCGACAUUAAUUAUAACCACAACCCCAUUCUGUUCAGCUACUGUAUUGUUCAGGUGACUUCAUUUAUGAAUGAAUUAAGACAUUUAUUGUCAUUACAACAUCAUUCAAAAUACCAGUUACCUACCAAACUGUGGAUUUACUUGUGUUUGAUAUAGUUUCUACAGUUUUAAUGGGAGAAGAGCACAGUAGGAUUGCCAUCCUUUUCGUAAAGUACCGAAUCGCCCCGUAUACGAGACGCUAUUUGUACCGUAUUUCUGUAUGUCCGACAGUAACGCCUAUCACACACAUAUAAACAUUUAGUGUAACAAUAAUUACGAAAAUAAAGCACAAGAUAUGUUAAGGUCAGCUAAAUUGUGGCGGGAGCUAGCAAGGACCCCAGAACGCUUCGGACCAAUGAUGAUGUCACGGUUGCCUAGAGACGGACACUAAGCCCCUUUUGUACUGCACCGCUGGACCUGGGUCGACCCGGCCAGCGGUGCAGUACAAAAGGAGCUUAGCAGUCGUGGUGAGCCGCUCUCAACCUGCGUCUUUUUAAAACGUCCUCAACCGAUACUCUACCAUGUCCUAGCAAAGAUACAGACCUGAGGGGGGAAGACACACAUCCCAGGCUGAACAGUGUCAGUGAGGAUGAAUGCUAGCAAUUUUUAAAAAAAAAUUAAGAGGGGAGCUGAAGAAAUUAUACUGUCUCUUUGUUCUUUAAAACUUAUGGUACUGCAGUUUUAGCUUCUCUAGUGAAAUAGAAUGACACUUUCCAUCUGCUAGAUCAGGGAUCAUUUAAUACAUCUGUUUUUUGUUUCAUCCUUUUGUAAAUAACCCCAUGAAAAAACAUUGACUACUGGCCCCCGUGGUAAAUUUGAUCUGGAACCAGCCUUCACAUACAUAUUUGCACAUAACUUUAUUUCUUGCUGUCUCACUCCACCGGCCAUCCCACCAUAUGAAAGAAGGGUGACAUGGGCGUAGCAUGCGUCCUUAUUUUAAUUUCUGAAAGGUGGCAACCCUACAGCACAGAGUUUUCCUGAGUAAAAGUGAUCAUUCUUAUAAAGUGUAAAUUCCUUUUUAAGUGAUCCUUUUUCAACUGCUACUUUUCUCUUUUAUACAUUUUGUGACUACAGAGUAGUCAGGAUGCUAUUGUUGAAUCUGCAAGGCACUUGCUUAAUUUACUAACUGAAAGACCACGAAGUGGAGGAAGAGGAGACCUCACCAACCAGAAUGCCAGGUUCAACUGUUGCCCUUAUGCCUAAUGAAUAUGUAUAUUUCGAAUAUGUUGAUCAUAGCAGUAUACUAAUAUAUUCUGUCAUCCAACAGUCGUAGGGUACCUCAAACUGAACCAUCUGUCCAAAUGGAAAUGAGCAGGUAAAUGACAACUUUAUUUAUUGUAAAUUCAAUUUUGAAGCAUUUAUUAUAAAGACCUUUAUUUGUUUUCCAAAAUUCCACUUGUAUGUCUUGAUAUGGCAUAAAAUAUUAUUACCUUUUGUUGCACCAACUAAUCAUCACAAUGUAAAUCUCUCAGAAAAGAUAUUACAUUUUUGGGACUUGGGAUAGAAAUAGUAAGUCAAUUUCUAUCAAAAUUGACUUACUAUUAUAAUUCUUGAACUGGGUCAUAUGAAUAAUCCUUGUAUUUUAUUAUUUUGUAUUAUGCAAUGUAUGUCUAAAUUACUCAGUGGUUCUUUGAAUCUACUGUCUAAUUUGUCAUAAUUUAUGUCUUCAAAGUGAUGUUUGAAAUGAAAUAAACAAUAUAAUUUGGUUAUCUUCAAAUUUCUGUACAACAGAUCUUUUCCUGGACUUUACAACAGGGGAAGAGGAAAACGACGAUUUCCUCCAGCAAGCCUGGUCCCGGCGAAAAAGAUGAAACCUUUAGAUGUGGUUUUUUAUUUACUACCAAAACAUUAUGAAAAAACGCCAAAAGAAGAUGAUCAACUGAUACACAUGAAAGCGGGAUUGGGCCGGAAAACAGCUCACAUUGAUGAGAGCAUAACGCACAACGAGCUGGGUGAGACGCUUAAAGUUCUUUUUCCAAAGCUGGAAACUAUUACAGGGGGUUGGCUGCUUUACAAAUCUGCAGGUGGAUGGGGAAGACGCAAUUUGACCUUGAUUGGUCCUGAAGAUGAUGGCUAUACCGGGACAAUGUUGAAGGUUGCGAGUCGCGGUGGGAAAACCCUGUUCAUAGUCCCUAUUCAGGAACAACUUUGCACGGAUCCUCUUGAGCUGAAUGACGAGGCAUUUGCAAACAUGCCAAAGGCCAUGUGUCAGAAAUGCAGAGUAGAUGUUCCCUUGCAUUUUUUGACUGACCACAUAAAGUCAUGUGUGGAAACAGACUUGCCCUCUGAUGUGGCUGGUGUUGAUGUUUGCAACCCUGCAAAGGACAUAUCAGCAAUGCAAGAGUGUCCGGUGUGUGCAAACAUAUAUCCUACUGAGGACAUAGAAGUACAUGCUUCUUCUUGUGGAGAAAUAAGUACAGGACCUCAUUCCACAGAAGAAAUGAAUGAAACAAUGCCUGGGCCAUCUACAUUAUAUUCUUCAGGCAGUGAUGACUGGUAUACCAUAUGCGAUGCUUCAAAGGCCAUUUCUCGCUGUGCAGACCAUUUCCUCCAAAUACAUGCAAUGGAGAACCCCUUGCUGUUGAAGAUGGACUUAAGAGACAGCCCUGCAGAAAAAGACAUGGCUCUGAUUUCCUUCUAUAAGCGACCAAAUGUGCAAUGGGCAUGCCCCCUUAAUUGUAGGCUUGAAGGAGAUGUUGCUGUUGGACUAGGUGUAAACCGCUUUUUUUUUUCAACCGUACUGGAAAAAUUGAAGUCGGGUUUUUCUAUAAACUUUGGAAACUCCAUUGUUACACGACUUUUCGAAGGAGAACCUGGCCACUGGGUCCCAUCAGCCUCUCACUUUCUUGUUGAAAGUGACAUGUUCUUAGUGGCUGGCAGAAUGAUAGGCCACGCUUUCCUUCAUGGAGGACCACGCCUGUCAGGACUUAGUCCUGCUGUUAUUCAUGUUCUAUUUGGCGGCAGUCCAGAAACAGCAACUGUCACCCUGGAGGACUGCCCAGACCUAGACAUCAGGGAAACCAUCAGUCCUCUCGAAGGAGAAUCCAGGCUCUCUGAUACUCAAAUGGAAAGAGUACAGAGCUUGGCAUAUUCAUGGGACCUUCCUUGUCCCACAGAGAACAAUAGGAAGUGGCUUUUUGAGAAGCUGUUACUUCAUGCAGUUCUUGGACGUGUCGCAAGACAAAUAAAGCAGCUUAGACGAGGCUUGAAAGAAACCCCAAUAUGGUCACUGGUAACUCGGCGGCCUGAUGCUGUACCGCUGCUUUUUCCAAGGGAGGAAGCCUCCCUGUGUCCAGAGGUGGUACUUCAGCAUAUCACUUGGCCAGAAACAGAUGACGGAAGUGAUGAAGAUGACGACUGCUCAAAGGAAACCAGAUGCCGCAUUUCAGGAUAUCUGAAACAGUUCAUUGCAAAUGGUAAUGUUACCAGUGUCUGAUUGGAGAUUUUCAGAUAACUUUUCAAUGAAACAUCCCUGUAGAAUUUUUUUCUUAGUUGCUUGCAGUGGUACCUCACAAUUCAGUUUUAAUCUUAGCUCAAAAUUCAAACAGUUGAAUUGCAUGCAUGUUUGUGUGUUCUCUCUGUGCAGUCUAGCUCUAUCUCAACAUGUGGCUCUAGAACUGAUGUGGAUUUUAAUAAAAAGUAAAACUGUCUUGAAUAUUUCCAGUUACUUUAGUCUUACAAACAUACAAAGUUAUCCAUAAGUUGCGGACGUAUGGUAAAUUAGAAUUGAAAAUGUGAUUGUGGCUUUGUUCUCUUCCAAAGCUACACCACCUGAACUGAAAGAAAUGAUGAAAUUCUGGACCGGAUGGGAAAAUCUGCCAGCAAGUCUGUCUGUGGAGAUUGUUCAUGGAAAAUACCCAACAGCUGCCACUUGCUACGAAACGCUAAGAAUUCCUUGUCACUACAGGAGUUACAAAUCUUUCAGUGAUGAGUUUUUAGCAUGCAUUUCCUCUACUCAAACUGGCUUUGGCUUGCUUUGAAUGCUGUUUAAAAAAAAAAAAUCUACAUUUAAACUGUAGCAGUUCUUUGUGAAGCAGCUUUGUUCAAAUGAAACAGUUUUGUUGAAAUGUAGAAUCAGUUCAAUUUUCUGAUUUUGUCAGAUGAUUACAUAUCAUAUGAAUUCAACAUGUGAUUCAAUACAUAUGAAUGUAUUGAAUUGAAUAUGAAUUGAAUACAUACAGUAUGAAUGUAUUCAUAUGUAUGUAUUCAUAUGAAUGAAUGAUUGCUAUGUAAUACAUAUGAUACAUAGUAAUCAUAUGUAUUACUGAGAGUAACGU